AUGAUUUUCAUAACUUCAAAGUCUAGUCGUUGUUGUAUUCAAAAAUUUAGAGCCACAGUGCUGCGACAUACAAGGUCCAUCACCAUUAAUGCUGAUUUGCGUGCAAAACUUUGUGAAGCGGAAAACCAUCCCGUUAUUGUUAUUGGUGGAGGACAUGCGGGCUGUGAAGCAGCUACUGGAUCUGCAAGAUCUGGGGCCAAAACAACUUUGAUUACUCCCGAUAUAAGCAAGAUUGGGACGGCUUCGUGUAACCCAUCAAUGGGUGGUGUUGGGAAGGGAACCUUACUACGCGAGGUUGAUGCAUUGGAUGGAGUAAGUGCAAGAAUCACAGACAAGGCAGGGAUUCAUUUUCGAAUAUUGAAUGCUUCGAGAGGAGCUGCCGUCCAUGGCCCUCGUGCCCAAAUUGAUAGAAAGAUUUACUUGACUGAAAUGCAAAAGGAAAUACUCAAUUAUCAAAAUCUAUCCAUCGUGGAAAGUCAAGUGAAAGAUAUUAUAAUUGAACCAGAUAGCACCAAGGAUCAGUCUGGUAGAGAUCUCGGAACCGUUAGAGGUGUCAUUCUAGAUAACGGACAAAUCUUGAAAUGCGACAAGAUUGUCGUCACAACAGGUACCUUCUUGGGUGGCGAAAUCCAUAUCGGAUUAACUGCAUUUCCAGCUGGAAGAAUGGGCGAAAAGGCAACUUUUGGCUUAUCGGAUACUUUCCGUGGGGCAGGUUUCAAGUUGGGUCGUCUCAAGACAGGAACUCCGCCAAGAUUAUCAUCAAAGACAAUUGAUUAUACAAAUUUAUUAGAGCAACCAUCCGACGUGCCUCCCCAGCCAAUGUCAUUCAUGAAUGAUAAUGUCGCAUUAGAAAAUCAACUUGUUAAAUGUCAUCAAACUCAAACUACUCCGGAAUUUCAUAGCCUCGUGGCAAACAAUUUGGACAAGUCUAUUCACAUACGAGAAACAGUUAAAGGACCACGUUAUUGUCCAAGUAUUGAGUCGAAGGUCAUCAAGUUUCCACAAAAACAAUCGCAUAUUGUUUGGCUUGAACCCGAGGGCUUUGAUACAGAUUUGGUGUACCCGAAUGGGAUAUCAUGCACAAUGCCAGAAGAGAUUCAAGAACAACUUGUGAAAAUGAUGCCAGGCUGUGAAAAUGUUAAAAUGGUUCAACCAGGGUAUGGCGUUGAGUAUGAUUAUAUUGACCCACGAGAGCUCACCAAUACAUUGGAAACUAAAUUGGUCAAGGGUUUAUAUUUGGCAGGUCAGAUCAAUGGUACUACAGGGUACGAAGAGGCGGCUGCACAAGGGUGCAUUGCUGGUAUCAAUGCAGGCUUAUCAAGUCAAAAGAUGAAAGAAAUGAGGCUUCAGCGAUCAGAUGGGUACGUUGGAGUUUUGAUUGAUGACUUGAUUACCAAGGGAAUAGAGGAACCAUAUAGAAUGUUUACCUCGCGCUCGGAGUUUAGAGUGUCACUCAGAGCUGAUAAUGCAGACAAGCGCUUAACAGAGCUUGGAUAUAAAUUGGGUGUGGUUGGAGAAACUAGGUAUAGACAUUUUGCAAAUGAGAUGGAAAUAAUGCAAAACAUAAAGGACCACUUGCAAGGAUUAAGGCUUACUGGAGCAACAUGGCUGCCAGCAUUGAAUGGACAUAGAACAGACGUGAGACCAGAGAGCCGUGUUGAUGGAUGGAAACUAUUAUCGUAUAGUGGGGUAUCUAUUCUGGACCUUCUUCCGCACAUGUCCAAGUUUACAGGAGGUGAAGUUCCUUCAUAUUACAAGAACCUUUCAAACCGGUUGGUAACCAGAAUUGAUGUCGAGAGUGAUUACGAACCCUUUAUAUCCAAGGAACAGACACACUUGAAUGCCUAUAAAGCAGACGAAAACUUACUUUUGCCAACAAAUUUCAACUACACAAACACCGGCAACCUUAAGAUAUCGCAUGAAGCAUGUACUAUACUCAACACCAUUCAGCCUAGAACUAUUGGUCAGGCAAGACGCAUCCAAGGAAUCAAUCCAACAACUAUAUUUGAGUUGCUCAAGUUGGUGAGAGGGCCAAGGAAGGAAAGGGAGAGCGAUGCGCAAAUGAGUCCUAGCUGA